UCUGGGCUGCAGGGAGGCCACACUUCUGGACCGGGGGCAGAUCCUUCCACACAUCUGGACAGUGCAUGAAGAAGAAGACCCGACUCACAUCGAUCCGUAGAUUCACCUCCAGCUCUCACCGUCAACGCAUUGAGCCGCGUCUCUUCUUUUCAUCCCCCCCUUUUCCUCUCCUCCUCAGUGCCCGGAGACUCGCAGCGUUUUCUCGGCCUGACCGUGGACCGCAUUGCCUAUGCGUCUCCCAUGCUCUUCCUGUUUCAGGCAACGACGGCGCAGUGAAAGUACUUUUUUCGGAGGGGAGGGAGUGGAUUGACCUCCUCCCAAGUUUGUUUUUUCUAUUACUCUUUCUCUCUCCUUUCACAUCCGUACACUUCGGCCCCUCGGUUAUGUUUCACUGUUGGGUUUUCCUCGGAGCCCAUGUUUGGAUGUCAGGCUGCUCCAGGAUGCAGACGGAAGAUGAAGUUGAACGGUCUCAGUAGCCGUCAGCGCGUGCUCGGAGAUGAGAUAGGCGACCUGCAUCCGCAACAUUGGCUGUAAUCCCGGAGAUCAGAGUGGAUCCGACGCAUUCAUUUCUCAGAGAGCAAGAUGAGGUGCCUCUGUGACUUUUUAAAUCGCAUCUAAGAGAGAGAUCGAGGGUGGUCCUUCUACCCCGCUACUGCUGCGGGAGGCGACGUUUUCUUUUUGCUUUCUUUACACAGCCACCUAAUCCAGUUUGUAUCCGAGAGGAGACUGGGAACUCUGUGGGAAACAAAGAAAGAAGCAGAGUGGUCUUGAUUCCCUCUCCCAUCAACCCGAAACGUGACAUACCGGCUAUAUAAAAGAAAAUGAAGAAGUUUCGGAAGGUGCUUGACGGCUUGACCACCUCCUCUCCGGGUGGGACUAUCGGGUCCCCAUCGAGCGGCAGCGCGGCGGGGACUCCCACCUCGGCGCCGACACCUAAGGAGAUCGACGUGCAGGAGACGCUAGUGUCGGAAAACUUUCAGCUGAGCAAGACGGUGCGGCAUGGUUUCCCUUACCAGCCCACAGCCUUGGCCUUUGACCCCGUGCAGAAGAUCCUGGCCAUCGGAACAAGAACAGGAGGCGUACGGAUACUGGGACGACCUGGGGUGGACUGCUACUGUCAGCACGAGACCGGAGCAGCUGUUCUUCAGCUGGUGUUCCUCAUCAAUGAGGGAGCGUUGGUCACAGCCUGUGCAGAUGACACGCUACACUUGUGGAAUCUGCGUCAGAGGCGGCCGGCCAUCCUGCAUUCACUCAAGUUCAACAGAGAGAGGGUCACGUUUUGCCACCUUCCCUUUCAGAGCAAAUGGCUGUACGUGGGGACGGAGCGCGGCAACACACACAUGGUCAACAUCGAGUCCUUCGUUUUGUCCGGAUACGUCAUCAUGUGGAACAAGGCCAUAGAACUAGCAACUAAAACUCAUCCAGGACCUGUGGUUCAUUUGAGCGACAGCCCAAAGGAUGAAGGCAAGCUGCUUAUAGGGUUUGAGAGCGGGACGGUCGUACAAUGGGACCUCCGGUGCAAGAAGGCUGACUUCAGAAUCUACUACGAUGAGGCCAUCCACUCCGUGAGCUGGCAUCAUGAAGGGAAGCAGUUCAUGUGCAGUCACUCAGACGGCAGCCUGACCAUGUGGAACCUCAGAAACACCACCAAGCCAUUCCAGGUCACCUUCCCUCACGGUAAGAUACAGAGAGAUGGGAGGAAGGAGUCAUGUAAGCCCAUCCUCAAAGUGGAAUACAAGACCUCAAAGAGCAGCGAGCCUUUUAUUGUCUUCUCCGGGGGACUUUCGUAUGACAAGGCAGGACGGCGGCCGACGUUAACCAUCAUGCACGGCAAAGCCAUCACCGUGCUGGAGAUGGACUAUCCGAUUGUAGAGUUCAUGGUGCUCUGCGACACUCCGUACAACAACGAGGUGCAGGAGCCUUCUGCAGUGGUGGUGCUUCUGGAGAAGGACCUGAUUGUUGUGGAUCUGACACAGAGCAACUUCCCAGUCUUUGAGAACCCUUACCCCAUGGACGUCCAUGAGUCUCCAGUUACCUGCACAGCGUAUUUUGCAGACUGUCCACCCGACAUCAUCCCCAUCCUCUACUCUAUAGGAGCUAAACACAAGAAGACUGGCUACAGUCAAAAGGAAUGGCCCAUCAGUGGAGGAUUGUGGACGUUGGGCUCCAACACCUACCCAGAAAUCAUCCUCACAGGGCAUGCUGACGGAUCUAUUAAGUUUUGGGAUGCAUCUGCAAUCACGUUGCAGAUGUUGUACAAGUUGAAAACCUCCAAAGUGUUUGAGAAGCCAAAGCCCGGUGAGGGCCGGGCCGCCGAUCUGGUGGAGGAAGACCCUUUCGCGGUUCAGAUGGUCAGCUGGUGCCCUCAGAGUCGCAUCUUCUGUGUGGUUGGCAUCUCAGCUCACAUCAUCCUCUAUCGAUUCAGCAAAUACGAGGCCAACACUCAGAUAGUGUGUCUAGACAUACGCCUGCAGUGCGAGUCUGAUGAUGUCAUCACUCCCUCUGAGAAUGAAAACAAUCCCUGCUUCCCAGAGCCCGGCUCCCACUCUCCCCAGGCCCCACACCCAGUUAGCCCCAGCAGUGGAACACCAGAGGGAGUGAAAGACAGCAUCCCCUGCCUCAAAGUGAAAGACCGGGUGGUUCGGGUCCCCCCUGGUUACCAGGCUGAACUGGUCAUCCAGUUGCUGUGGGUAGAUGGAGAACCUCCACAGCAGAUCAGCACCCUGGACAUCAACUCUGCCUAUGGCCUUUUGGCGUUCGGGAACUGCAACGGCCUUGCGAUAGUGGACUACUUGCAGAAAACCAUCCUGUUGUGUAUGUCGACACUGGAUCUGUACGGAACCUCCGACCCCUACCAGCGCCUUACCCGCUCCCCCCGCAGGAACAGACAGUCCACCUCAGACUUUAGCAUGCGUGGCCUGUCUAACUUUUAUUCAGAUUCAAAGAAAAGGAUCCGUACAUCCUAUCAGAGCCUUACUGAACUCUCUGACAACCAGCAAUCCAUUGACAUGGAGAGAAGCAAGUCACCCACUUCAGUUCAAUACCCAACCUCCCUUCACAAUGACCCACGCGUGCUGCCCGAGCCUGUGGCCAGUCUGAGAGCCAGCCACUGCAGUCCAGUCUUUUACUUGCUGGACAAUGUAAAGGGCCCCGGCAGAAAGUUAAGUCUGCCGACAGAUCUUAAGACUGAUCUUGAUCAUGUCAAUGGACAUUGCACUAGCCCCACCUCCCAGCCCUGCUCGGCGGGGAAGCCUCGCGUCCCAAUGGGUCCCGAGGGGCCACGGCUUACCCGCAGAGGCCCUGGCCGACCGCCCUUCCGCAAGGCCCAGUCUGCUGCUUGCAUGGAGAUCUCUUUGCCUGUGUCCCACACUGAAGGUUAUGCCUCGAGGAGGGCGAUGCUCCAGCAGUUGCACGGAGUCUCUAUGUACUCCCACGACGAGCACCACAGCUCCAGCGCCUACUGCUGGAACGAGAGAGCUGCGGAGAGUCGUGAAAACUCCUUCAGCCGCUCGCGCAGCUCCAGCGUGUCCAGCAUCGACCGGGACACCAAAGAGGCAAUCACCACGCUGCAGUUCGGAGAGUCCUACGGGCGCAAGAGUGAUGCCCUGCCGACCCCGUGUCUGUGGGUGGGCACCAGCUUGGGCGUGGUCGUGCUCAUCCCGAUGUCCCUUCCCACUGACCAGGAGGAGAGGAUGGAGGAGGCGGUCACCAUUGGCCCCUGUGGAACCGUCCUGAUGCUGAAGGGCUCAGUGCUGCGCUUUGGCUUCUUGGACUGCAUGGGGGCGGUCAUCCAGAGCCCUUACGAGGCCUGGCGGGACCCCAACGUCCCCGAGGACCCCGAUCGACCGCGGCGGCGCAAGCUGGUCAACUUUUCCCCGUCGUCGUCCCAGGACGCCUGCGGGGACGGACAUCUGGCCGUGGUGUGCUCCGAGAGGCAGGCCAAAGUGUUCCUGAUGCCCUCGCAGUCCUGCCUCUUUGUCCACAACAUCACAGAGUCGUCGUUUGUGCUGCGCGCCGACGUGGUGUCGGCGUGUAACAGCGUGUGCCUCGCCUGCUUCUGUGCCAACGGUCACGUCAUGACACUCAGUCUCCCCAGUCUGAGACCGCUGAUGGACGUCAACUACCUGCCUCUGACAGACAUGCGCAUCGCAAGAACCUUUUGCUUCACCAACGGGGGGCAGGCUCUCUAUCUCAGCUCCCCGACAGAGAUCCAGAGAAUUACUUACAGCCAGGAGAUGUGUGACAACCUGCAGGAAAUGCUCGGAGAGCUGUUUACACCGAUAGAAACACCGGAGGCCCAGAACAGAGGCUUCCUGAAGGGCUUCUUUGGAGGAAACGCCAACACCUUCGACAGAGAGGAGCUCUUCGGUGAGGCAGCAUCUGGGAAGGCGUCCCGCAGUCUGGCGCAGCACAUCCCUGGCCAGGGGGGGAUGGAGGGCAUGAAGGUGGCAGCGGGGGGAGUCGUGGGGGAUCUGGCUCGGGCCCGUAUCGCUCUGGAUGAAAGAGGCCAGAGACUGGGGGAGCUGGAGGACCGAACCGCUCUCAUGAUGUCCAGUGCAGAGGGCUUCUCCAAACACGCUCAUGAGCUGAUGCUUAAGUGCAAGGACAAGAAGUGGUACCAGUUCUAAUAGCAGCAGGACAGAGGGCGGAGGCUGCCCUGAGACUGCUGAGAGCUUUAUGCUGGGACAGGGACUUUCCUUCUGCAGAUGGGAGCAAUCAAAAAGAGAGACUCAAGAGUGACUUUGUCUUUAUGGCUUGUGGACUGGCUAUGUUUGCGGCACUGUCACCUUGUUGAAUGACCGGGACGGGCUAGUUCCUGAGUUCCUUGUCUAGACACGCUGUGAUGAGGAUAGAGAGACGGUGGCGACAUUUAUAGGAAUGAAGAAAGUGGGAAUAUCCGGCAAAGCGUGUGUGUGUUUGUUUGUGUGUGUGUGUGUGUGUGUGUGUGUGUUUGUGUGAGUGUGUGUGAGUGUGCGUGUGCGUGUGUGUAUGGUUGGAUUUUCUGGACCUCACUGUGUAGAUACUCUAAAAGUUACGAAACCAACAACAAAUGCAUGACACAAAAAUGGAUGACUAUUAAAAAUAUCCAACUGCCAUACUAAAAAGCAGCAUGCUACUUUAACAGGAGAUACAAAAA